AGACUGUAAUAGAGAUGAAUAAAUUGGGUUGCGGACCCUGAGUUGGUUACUCGCUGCACCGUAGGACUCACCGGUCUCGAGGAAAGCCCUACUUUCACGAGACUACGAGAGAGAGAGAGAGAGAGAGAGUACGAAGUGCUCCAUAGCUCGACCUGACCGAGCUGUACAUUUAGCUAGACCUCUGCGGCUUAAGCUUCUCGUCGGAAAACGGAUCUGGUUCAGUAAUGGAAUCAGGAGGCAAUUCUCUUCCAUCUGGUCCUGAUGGGAUGAAAAGGAAGGUAACAUACUUCUAUGAUCCAGAGGUUGGAAACUAUUAUUAUGGGCAGGGUCACCCAAUGAAGCCGCACAGGAUGCGAAUGACACAUGCUCUUUUAGCCCACUAUGGAUUGCUCCAACACAUGCAGGUUCUGAAGCCCUUUCCUGCUAGAGAUAGGGAUCUUUGCAGGUUCCAUGCUGAUGAUUAUGUGGCCUUUCUGAGGAGCAUCACUCCAGAAACUCAGCAGGAUCAACUGAGGCAGCUGAAGAGGUUCAAUGUUGGUGAAGAUUGCCCAGUAUUUGAUGGGCUUUACUCCUUCUGUCAGACCUAUGCUGGUGGUUCAGUUGGUGGUGCUGUGAAGUUGAACCAUAGGUUGUGUGAUAUUGCAAUAAACUGGGCUGGUGGGCUACAUCAUGCAAAGAAGUGUGAGGCAUCUGGAUUCUGUUAUGUUAAUGAUAUUGUGCUGGCAAUUUUGGAACUUCUCAAGGAGCAUGAGCGCGUUUUAUAUGUGGACAUUGACAUCCACCACGGUGAUGGUGUGGAGGAGGCAUUUUACACAACUGAUAGAGUCAUGACUGUUUCCUUUCAUAAGUUUGGGGAUUAUUUCCCUGGUACAGGUGAUGUACGUGAUAUUGGAUAUGGUAAAGGGAAAUAUUACUCCCUCAAUGUUCCUCUAGAUGAUGGAAUUGAUGACGAGAGUUACCAGUCCUUAUUUAAGCCAAUAAUUGGGAAAGUCAUGGAAGUUUUCAGGCCUGGUGCUGUGGUCUUACAGUGCGGUGCAGACUCAUUGUCCGGGGACAGGUUGGGCUGCUUCAAUCUUUCUAUUAAAGGCCAUGCAGAGUGUGUGAGAUAUAUGAGAUCUUUUAAUGUGCCGCUGCUAUUGGUGGGUGGAGGUGGCUAUACAAUACGAAAUGUUGCUCGUUGCUGGUGUUAUGAGACAGGUGUUGCGCUUGGGCUUGAAGUUGAUGAUAAGGUUCCACAGCAUGAGUAUUAUGAGUAUUUUGGUCCAGACUAUACCCUUCAUGUUGCUCCUAGUAACAUGGAAAACAAAAACUCCCGACAGUUACUAGAUGACAUAAGAUCAAAACUGCUUGAUAAUCUUUCAAAGCUUCGGCAUGCACCAAGUGUCCAGUUUCAAGAGAGACAACCUGAUACAGAGCUCCCAGAGGCAGAUGAAGAUCAAGAGGAUGGAGAUGAAAGAUGGGAUCCAGAUUCUGAUAUGGAGGUCAACGAUGAUCGAAAGCCUUUUCCAAGCAGGGUGAAGAGAGAAUUGCUUGAGCCUGAGUCUAAGGAUCUGGGGGAUAUGGAAGGUGUAGAGCAUGCAAUUGACCGAGAUGCAACGUUUGGUGAAGCGGCAUGCUUAAAGGCUUCAAACAUGGGCUCAAUGUCUACAGAUGAGCCCUGCAUCAAACGGGAACAAGAAAACUCUAACAAGCUGCCUGAUGAGCCUGUUGAUAUGAACUCUUGAGCAGGGAGAUAUCCUGUUGAUAGCUUUUUGUGCAGUUUGUAAUUCUGCGACUCCAUACUCCCUGCAUGCCAUUUGUGCAAUUGUAAUUUUAGCCAUACUAUAUUCCUUGCGUCUCUUAUCUAUUUUUUUUUUCUUUCUUUCUUUCUUUUCUAUGUGCAUGCCAUUCUAAUUUCGUUACAAGCGCGACCACGAAUAUUCACCAGAAUAUUGAAGACAUUGCUCCAAAAAAGCUGUGCAUUGAAAAAAAGUUAUCACUGUCUAGGAUUUUUUAAAGCUACCCAAGACAUUCGUAUUUUAUUAUUCACCAUAUAUAAAUUUAUUGACAAGCAUUCAUGGCAAAAAUAGAAAAAAAAAUAUGAAGAUUAUAAAAUUACUUUCACAUAAAAUGUGCCUUACAGGAUAAAUCAAGGCUUAAGUGAGAAAAGUAUUUAUUAAAAUAUUAUAAAAUAUAUUACUCUUUGGUGUGAUCACUGCAUGCCGUCGAAUCAUAGUAGUGUUUUAUUUUAAUUAGAAGUAAAAUUCUCUUUAUCUAUGCUUUCUAUUAAAAUUCAAUUUGAUGGAUUUUUGGAUGAUGUGUAUCUUUAUUUAUUUUUAAUUAUUUUGCCUUUAUUUUUUUUCCCUCUUACCUUGUAUUCCUUUUUCUUUUUUACAAUUCUUUUUUAAUAAAAAAAGUCUAAUAUAAUUAAAAAGUGAAGUCGGUGCAUUCUAAAUUUCAAUUACUUGUCACAUAUCCCUUUUCUCCUUUCAAUGAUCCAUUUUUCCUCUAUUUUUAUGAAAAAAAAAGCCCUCGGAGCAUUUUGGCUGGUGACUCGACUGUUCUUAUAAAAUUGAUAUUUUUAAUGAAAAAAAAAUUCUGGGUUGGCUGAUUGAUGCUUAAAGAAGACCUCUCAACCUUGAGAGCUGUUCCUGUUCCUACUGUCUUCCAUGGUCUAAUAUGUACAUGAGUUACUAGGUUAUAAAUUCAUUUAUGCAACUCCCUUCUUGCCAUUGCUUCAUCGACGAAAAUUUAUUUAAUUUAAAGAUUCGAUAUGGUUAUGAGUAUGAUCGGGUGAACAAGACCCUUGAUCCUUUGCAUUUUCGAGGAUCCAUGAGGGUGCAUCAAACAUCACAUGAUGCGUAGUGUUGUUCUAGUUUAGACCCUAUCUCAUGUGACUUUAGAUUUAUUUUAGGUGACUUAGUGUUAGCAUUGAGGGAGUUUUUAUGAGGACUUAAUAUACAUGAGCGAGUACUAACUUGAUUUGAAAGUUUAAACUUAUUUAACUCUUGAGCCCAACUGCCCCAUUAGAACAAAAUUCACUUGAUUGAUACAUGUACCUACCAAUUUGACAUAGAUUCAAGAUAAUUCUUCAAAUCAUGUGAUGAAGAAAUUCAACCUGUCGUCGAAACCAAAUUCUUAUCUUAUAGAAAAAUAGAAAAACUAUUUUCGAUAACUUGUUGGUCCUCUUUACUAGAUUUAUUGUUUGUUAAUUUCCUGAUUUGAUGUGAGAUAGAUAUAAGCACCCAUCUUUCACUCUAUUUUUUAAUGCAGGACAAACUCACAAAUGGAAUUCUCAACAAUCUCCCCUUCACUUUGAUAAAAUUUCAGGAAUCAUGUCAAUAAGCUCAAGUUCAAAAGUUGACUGCAAGACUCCAUGGAAAAGGAAUAUGAAAGCUUGAAGAUCAUGAGAACAUGAAAAUCAAAGAGGACAUGCUAAAAGCUAAUUUCAGGAAUCAUGUCAAUAAGCUCAAGUUCAAAAGUUGAUUGCAAGACUCCAUGGAAAAGGAAUAUGAAAGCUUGAAGAUCAUGAGAACAUGAAUAUCAAAGAGGACAUGCUAAAAGCUUAGAGAUUUUGAAGCUCAAAGUUCAAAUGACUUAACAAAGGACUAGCUUGAAGACUCCUAGCUUAGAAAGUGUUUUAAAGUCUUAAGAAUAGUCUCUAUGUAAGUAUUUCAUUCAAAUGAUAAUUUGAUUGGAUUUGAAGCUCA